CGUGCGAUUUUAACAAUUUUUGAUUGCUUAAGGCAUCCACUAUAUAAGGAAAUAAGAUAAGUCCGUUAUUUAGUUAUUAAUUAGUCAUGAGCGAGUCGGGAUACCGAAACAAGCGCACUUACCACUUAGCUGAUAUGCAGCCCACAAUGACAAGCUUCAGUACUGUGGCGCUAAUCAUAGCCAAGUCGGAGGCAAAUGUAUUUCUAGACAAGAUCAACAACGAGCAGCGAGGCGUCAUUAGCUUCACUCUGCGUGACUCGAAGCGCGACAUAGCCAACUGCAAAUGCUGGGGCAGCAGAGCCUGCGUGGAUGAGUAUGUGGAUAUGCUGCAAAUUGGCGAUGUGGUGGACAUUGUGGGCGCCAAAGUGAUGGCCAUAGCACCCCCCAAUAAGCCCGGCACCAGCGAGCAGCAGCGCUAUCACCCACGUGGUACCUUGCCGUAUGCGCUGGUCGUGAACGAAGGCCAGGGACAUCUAGUGAAGCACAGCGUCGAUGAUGCGGCAGUUGUGCAACCUCUACUGCAGUUGAUCCAUCUGUCCCACAAGCCAUUGAGUGCUGUCUUGAAGCUCUCGGAUGUGCGCUGUGCCGCUCCAGGGGCGGAGACACGGCCAGCUGUCUAUGUCGAUCUGCUUGUAGCAGUGGCAACAAUGCGUCCGGUGCGAGAGCUGAAGAGGAAGGUGGCUCGCCUCGGCAGCGGACUGCUGCAGUGUCUUGAACUGGUGGUGAUCGAUACCAGCUAUGCAGAUGGUAUGGUGUUCACGCUCUGGCACAAGGAUUGGAUACGUCGCGCCCGGCACUGGCAGCCACGCAAGACCAUACUGCAUCUGAUCGAUGUGCGUCUGUCGCACUCGCAGUUCUACGGCUGUCCAGUGCUCAGCCAUGCCAGCUGCACGCUGAUCUACGAGCAGCCCCAGCCGCAGAGCGCCGAGUGCCAGGCACUGCUCGCAUUCGCAGCCAGCACUCCGCUCAAAAGUUUCGAUAUGUUCGCGCAAAUCGAUGUGGAGCAGCUGCCAGCAGCCGAGCACAUCCAGACCCAGAUGAGCGUGCGUCAGAUCUAUGCGCGUGCCGAGGGCGAGCUCCAGGAUGCGACGAGCGAUCAGUUUACGGCUGUGCUCUAUGCCAUGGUCAGCAAAUUCGACAUCGAUGGCCUGGCCACCAGCAUCAACAAGAAGUGCAAAUCCUGCCAGCGCCUCAUACCGAACAGCCGCAACGACUGCGACAACGAAAGCUGCCUGCUGGAGUUCUCGUUAUGUUACAGCGGUCCCCGCUUCGAGUACUUCUUCAACAUCAACGUCCAUCUGUCUGACCAGACGGGCACGCUGGUCGAGACACGCCUGAGCGGCGGCGUAGCUGAGCACUUGCUGGGCUUGAAAGCGGAUGCCUUCCAGCUGCUGUCGGAGCGUAGGAAAACAGAGCUCAAAUGGCGCUUCCUCUUAAAGUACUUCGAGGUGAAGCUGCUGAUCAGGAAGCCAACGGCCAUGCGCAAGGAUCUGGCGGUCAUAAUCGUGGACAUGGAACUGAUUCAGCUGGAUAGGCUUAUAGAGAAGAUAACUGUUUUUUGAACACAGAUCUAUUAUAAUAUGGAAUAA